CAAGAGAUGAGGAUUCAAUGCUACCAAAAGAAUUGACGUUAUCAUCAUUCAACCGCGCGAUCUUUUAAUUUACUAGUCUUCGAUAUCGCCGCUCAUUAUCCCGCACCAUGGUCUUUCCCGGGAAUAGGAGUACGGGUUGCCAUCUCUGCCGUAAGCGUAAGAUCAAGUGUGACGGCGCCAAACCAGAAUGCCAGCACUGCAUCUCUCGGGGAAUGCCGUGCCCGGGGUAUCCGGAUCCUCUCACCUUUCGGGAAUACCGAACGACACGAGCCGCAACAAGAGACCGUCGUCAAACUAAAAUGACAACUGUGGGCCGAGAGAAGGAACAGUCCGAACUUGCAGAAGCCCAGUCAUCAUCUGCUUGCGAACCACAGCGCGCACUGUCAGAACCACUCUCGCCGACGAUCUCAUCGCCAAGGCCGCGGACCGGUCCUGCUCUCAGUCUGGAGUGGCAGGCGGUUUGCUAUUUUACCCAUCAUCAUGUACUCAAAGUGCAUAAAUCUCCCUGUCGGGGGUUUUUGGCUUUCUUUCCGGAAUUGUAUAAGGAAAAGGGGGAUGAUUCUUGUUUGAAGCACGCCGUUCUCAGUGUUGCGUCACUAUCGUUAUUUAAUGCCUCUCGUGUCGGGCAGCUAUAUGUGAAUUCCCGGAGGCAUUAUGGUUCUGCUAUAAAGUCGCUCUACAAUGCUCUCAAAUCGAACGAGACAGCUGUAACGGAUGAGGUCUUUGCUGCAUCAUUGUUUCUCAAUGUCUUCACGGAUUUGAGUGGUGAGACGAGCGAUGGGUUGAAUCCCCAUAUCCCCGGCACUCACUCUCUACUGCAGCUACGCGACAAGUCGCAGUUACAUACCAAGUAUGGCCGAGAAUUAUUCGGCUGGGCCAUUACACAAGUCCAAACACAAGCAAUCGCCAAUAACGAAUUCCGCUAUGCCACAUUACCCGAGUGCAUCCGCAAGAUGUACAAGCCAGACAACGUAUACCGAGCAGGCAUAAUCAUGGACAUGGUCGCUCAGCAAUGCUACUCCAUCAGCGAAAUGCGAGCCACACUGUCGAAUCCAGAAACUCCCUAUCCUUCUCCCUCCUCUUCAUCACCCUCCUCACUCCCUUCUACCGCUCCCACCUAUACCAUAACAUGUGGCAUAAUCCACAGACUCUUAAUCCAAGCCCACUGUCUCAUUGACGAAAUCGACACCUGGCAUGAAGCCGUCCCGAACCAUUGGAAAGUCCAAUACCACGACGUCCUCUCUAACGACACAAUCCAUGUCAAACGAGACCAAUGGACAACCUGUUUCCUGGCUACUAUCCUCUCCACUCAGAUAAUAUUCUACACCCAUCUCAUAGACUUUUGCGAUCUCCUUACUGAAAAGGAAAUAGCAUUCGAUCAUUCCCAUUGCUUCGAAGGCCCUGUUGAUCUGUUCACAGGUCUAGAAAGUCGUAUUCGGUUGUUAUUACAGAUGGUAUGCUCGACUGUUUCUUUUUCACUAGGGAAGGUUGAUCAAGACGGGAAGUUCCAAGCGUCGUCGAAUGUGAAGCUGGUGAAUGGGUAUGUGCUGCGUUUGCCGAUGCGGACUGUCGUUGGUUCUCGGUUUGCGAGCAAGGAGCAGGUUAGGCUUUGUCAGGGGGCAUUGGAUUAUGUGGGAGAGGUUGUGAUGGGGAAUAGAUUGAUUCGGAAGGAGUAAUUUUAUAUGAGCAAUAUACUGAUGAAGACAUGAACCAUAGAUGAUACCUCAUUUAGGAUAGUCUAACAAAGAAUACCAAGCAGACACUGAUAAAUCGACUGAUUGAUUUCAACUUGGAUGGGGACCUGAUCCGAUGGGUGCAGUCCUUCUUGACUGGCAGAUGGAUUCAGCUACAGAUUAACAACACACAGUGCCCGGCACACCCAAUCAACUCAGGGGUGCCACAGGGCUCACCAGCGU